GGGGGGGGCUGGGGUGCCGAGACCGCCCUGGACGCCUGGGGCCCGUGCUGAGGCCGGCCUGGGCUGCCUCUUGGGGGCAGCCUGUGCGCAGCCUGGGGGCUCCGCUACUGUCAGGACGAGGGCCGCAGAUGCAUCGACUGGCCCUCCUCUGAGAGAGGGUGCGCAUCAGAUGCGCUAUACGCUCCAGCGCCACGGAAAAGCGAAGGGAGGGCCGCCCCUCGGCGAAUCCAAGGCGGACGCUGGCAGGCAAAGGGGGUUGGCGGGAUUGGGCAGGGGCACGAGGAGGGACGAGGGGGGGACAUCUGGCGGACGAAGGUCUCGCAUCCCCACCUCCGAGGAGGCGGAAAGAGGAGCAGCAGCAGCAGGAACAGCAGCAGACGGGCUGGCGCCGGCUGGUGCCCGAAGCCCGGGCCGCCGAAGGGGCCUCACGCUGCAGGGACGUGCCCGACUUAAGGCAGGGGCCGUGCACGCCGCGCGCCACGCACCUCACGCCUUCUGCGGCGGGGUGCCCGCAGGCCGCGCGAUGCGCUUCGCCAGCGGCGACGCCCCCUUCAUCAUGCCUCCAGUCUGGUCGCCCAUCGGGGCCGUGCCGCCCAUCGGCACGGGCGGGAGCCCGUCGGAGCCGUCGAAGCGCGGGCCGUACCCGAUCAUCGGGUUCAUGCCCUGGUUGCCCAUCAUGCCGGCGCCUGGCGGCAUCGGCUGCCCCGUGGACGGGUCCUUGAGCGAAAGGGCCAGCUGCAUCGGCUGCUGCGCGCGCUUGUCCACCACCUCCUUCCACAGCUCGCGCUCAUGGCGGACGCGGUCCAGCUGGCUUUCGAUGUGCUGCUGGGAGAUUUGGAGGAGGCGCAGCACCGAGUGGUCGGCCUUCUUGCUCACCAGGUCGAGGAUGCUGCGGUACUUCUGCGACGACAGCUGCCGCCACGUCUUCUCCACGCGGGCGGUGAGGUGUUGCGCGCAGUCCUCCCAGUUCAGCAACUCAACGUCCACAUCAAGCUCCUCCUCGCUGCCGUCGUUUACCCUGGCACCGGGAAACACGCCGACCACCUGGCAAAGCUUCACAGUGCCGCGUGUCAACUUGGUAGUCAGAUCCUCGAGCGACUUAAAACUCUUCUCGUACACCUUCUGGUCCAACUCCUCGUAGACACCGUCCAUGUCCUGCUUGUGCCUCUGCGAGUCUUCCGCGCGCUGGCGCUCGAGCUUGCGCAGAUCGUCGCUGCAUUUUCCGAUGUCCACGUCGUGCGCCGCGCUCUUGACCUCGGAAGCUCGGAGGGGGUUCCUCCUCGUCCUGUUCGUCCUUAUCUUCCUCUGAGCCUUCUGGGAGAGACUUGUCGCAACGGGUGGAUUCGCCUUGAAGCCUGGUCUGAACGCGCUCCAGGAAAGGUCCAGCGACCGACACUGAGGCGCGAAGAAGUCUUUCUCCUCCUCGUCCUUCUCCUCCUCGUCC